GGAGUCGGAGUGGCGGCCGGGCCGGCGGUGGACGGGGCCCGGCCUGAGCUCGGAACGAGCGACACCCCUGGGGUGGAAGAAAGCCCCACGGCGCAGCCCCACAGCGGAGGGGGGGAAAUUGGGAAGGUUGCGGGGAGGGGGGGGGCACCGGAGGGGGCCGCUGCCAUGUCUCUGUGCCACUGCGCGGUGAAGCACGGCGACGCGGAGGCCGAUGGCUGCCGUUUUGCCGGCGGCACCGGCACCGGAGUGAAGGUUUUCCUGCACUGGAGCGGGGAGGAGGAGCGGGAGCGAUGCCAAACCUACACCUGCGGCACCCUCAGCGCCGAGGAAAUCUGCAUCGACCUCUCCCGCAGGAUCGGCAUCACCCCGCUCUGCUACAGCCUCUUCGCCCUCUUCGACCCCCGCAGCCGUGUCUGGCUGCCCCCCAACCACCUCUUCCGAAUCGGCAAGGACACGGACCGCAGCCUGCUUUUCCGCAUGAGGUACUACUUUCGGAAUUGGCACGGGAUGAACGACAAGGAACCGGCCGUUUAUCGCAACGUGCCCCGAGCCAGCGAUUCCCCCGACGAGAAGCUGCACGGAGGAGCUUUGCUCGACAAAUCCUCCUUCGAGUAUCUCUUUGAGCAGGGAAAAUUUGAAUUCAUCAACGACGUGGCCUCUUUGAAAGACCUCCAGAGCGAACAGGAGAUCCAGAGGUUCAAGAACGAAAGCUUGGGCAUGGCCGUGCUUCACCUCUCCCACAUCGCCAUCAGAAAAGGCAUCUCCCUGGAGGAAGUGGCCCGAAAAUACAGCUUCAAGGACUGCAUCCCGCGUUCCUUCUACCGCCAGAUCCAGCAAAACAACUACCUGACCAAAUUCCGCAUGAAGAACGUCUUCAAGAAAUUCGUGCAGCGUUUCCAGCGGCACACGGUCAGCACGGGCAAGCUGACGGCGCAGGAAGUCAUGUACAAAUACCUGGCCACCUUGGAACACCUCGCGCCCCGCUUCGGCAGCGAGCUCUUCCCCGUCCUCUCCUUGGAGACCUCCUCCGAGGGGGAGAAAGCGCAGCUCUACGUCAACGGGGGACAUUCGCAACCGGAGCACGGCCACCCGCUGCUCCCCAAGGACCCACCCGUCACCCACGAAGUCCUCGUCACCGGCACCAGCGGGAUCCAGUGGCGGCCGGUGCCCGUAGAGAGUGUCGAGAACUUUUCCCACCGGGGAUAUUUUGGGAGAAAGAGUAAAACCAAAGAGCUGGAGCCCAAGGGGCCGACUCAACCGGUGGAGCGGAACGAGGCGAAAUGGGUCCAUUUCUGCGAUUUCCGGGAAAUCACUCACAUCGUCGUCAAGGAUUGCAGGGUCAGCAUCAACCGGCAGGACAACAAGUGCCUGGAGGUGCUUCUCCCGUCUCCCGAGAGCGCUCUCUCCCUCGUCUCGCUGGUGGACGGGUAUUUCCGUCUCACCGCCGACUCCAGCCACUACCUGUGUCACGAAGUGGCGCCGCCGCGGCUCGUCAUGAGCAUCUUGAACGGCAUCCACGGGCCCAUGCAGGAGGAAUUUGUUUUCGCCAAGCUGCGGCGGGAGGAGCAGGAGGAAGGGCUUUACAUCAUCCGCUGGAGCGUCCUUGAUUUCAACCGGAUGAUCCUCUCCGUGGUGAAAAGGGGUCAACAACAGGCUCCCGGAGUGCAGGGACCCCUCAAGUACAGGCAAUUCCGUAUCCAGAAAAAAGGAAAUUCCUUUGUGCUGGAAGGGUGGGACCGGGAAUUUCCCACUUUGCGGGAACUCUUGGAUGUCCUCAAGGGCUGCACCCUCAAGUCUGGUGACGAAAACUUCACGGUGAAGAGAUGCUGUCCGCCCAAACCGGGAGAGAUCUCGGACCUGCUGAUCGCGCGGAAGGUGAAGGACAGCGCGAAGCAGAUCCUUAACCUCACCCAGCUCAGCUUCCACCAGAUCCGCAAGAACGAGAUCACUCAGCGAGCCCACCUGGGGCAGGGCACCCGCACCAACAUCUACGAUGGGGUGCUGACCGUCUGCGGCGCCGGCGGGGCCGAGGACGAAGCCGAAUAUUUCUCCACCGAGCAAAAUAACAACAGCCGGGAGAUGCACGUGGUCCUCAAAGUCCUGGAUCCCAGUCACAGAGACAUCGCCCUGGCGUUUUUCGAGACGGCCAGCCUGAUGAGCCAAGUCUCCCACGUCCACUUGGCCUUCGUGCACGGAGUCUGCGUGCGAGGCUCCGAGAAUAUCAUGGUGGAGGAGUUCGUGGAACACGGACCUCUGGACGUGCUGCUGAGGAAAGAGAAAGGCCGGGUCACCGUGGGCUGGAAAAUCACCGUGGCCAAACAGUUGGCCAGUGCCUUGAGCUACCUGGAGGAUAAAAACCUGGUGCACGGCAACGUGUGCGCCAAAAACAUCCUGCUGGCCAGAAAAGGGCUGGAAGACGGAGCCCUGCCUUUCGUCAAGCUCAGCGAUCCCGGCAUCAGCUUUACGGUGCUCUCUCGAGAAGAGCGCGUGGAUCGGAUUCCCUGGAUCGCCCCGGAAUGUGUGCGGGAUGUGGGAAACCUCAGCACAGCCGCCGACAAAUGGAGCUUUGGCACCACUUUGCUGGAAAUCUGCUUCGACGCCGACGUCCCGCUCAAGGAGCGCACGCCCUCGGAGAAAGAACGUUUUUACGAGAAGCGGCAUCGCCUGCCCGAGCCGUCCUGCAAGGAGCUGGGCAGCCUCAUCUGUCGCUGCCUGAAUUACACCCCCGGGGAGCGUCCGUCCUUCCGCACCAUCCUGCGGGAUCUCACCCAGCUCCAGCCGCACAACCUGCUGGACGUCACCUCGGUGAAUCCCGACUUCCCGGUGUCGGACCCCACCGUCUUCCAGAAGCGCUACUUGAAAAAGAUCCGGGAGCUGGGGGAGGGCCACUUCGGGAAGGUGAGCCUCUAUUGCUACGACCCCACCAACGACGGGACGGGGGAAAUGGUGGCCGUCAAAUCCCUCAAAUCCGGCUGCAGCCAGCAGCUCCACCAGCUGGAAGCGGAGAUCGAGAUCCUCAAGACGCUUUAUCACGAAAACAUCGUCAAGUACAAGCUGGCCGCCCGCAACGUGCUGCUGGAGAACGAAAACGUGGUGAAAAUCGGCGAUUUCGGUUUAGCCAAAGCCAUCCCGGAGGGCCACGAGUAUUACCGCGUCUGCGAGGACGGCGACAGCCCCGUCUUUUGGUACGCCGUGGAAUGCCUGAAGGAGUGUAAAUUCUACUACGCCUCCGACGUCUGGUCUUUCGGGGUGACCCUCUACGAGCUCCUCACCCGCUGCGACGCCGGCCAGAGCCCCCCCGUGAAAUUCAUCGAGAUGAUCGGGGCGACGCAGGGGCAGAUGACGGUGCUGCGGCUCAUCGAGCUGCUGGAGCGGGGGAAGAGGCUGCCCAGUCCCAAGGAUUGUCCCUGCGAGAUCUACCGGCUGAUGAAGAACUGCUGGGAAGCGGAGGCCUCUUUCCGCCCCGCCUUCCACAACCUCGUCCCCAUCCUCAAGAACUUCCAGGAAAAAUACCGGGCUCAGGCUCCCUCCGUCUUCAGCCUCUGCUGAGCGCCGCCCCCCCCGUGCCUGGACACCAAAACUUGGGGGGGGGGGGGGGGGAAGCUGGCGAGGUGAGCACCCAUGGGACCCACCCCCCGCCCCCCCCACCGAACACUGUGAAUGAAACUGUGGGGAAAGACAAGGGGGGGGACACGGAUUUAUGGCCUUAUACCCCCCACUGCCAUCGCUCCCUCCUCUUCCUCGCGGAGCGGCCGAAACCCCGCUGGGGGGGGGGGGGGGGAAUUGUUGCCUUUGGGGGGCCCCCCCUGCCUUCCCGAUGGGAUUUGGGGCGCCCCCCUGCCUUCCCCGUGGGAUUUGGGGCACCCCCCUGCCUUCCCCGUGGGAUUUGGGGCGCCUCCCCCCUCCCAAUGGGAUUUGGG